GUGCUGCCCAUGAAGACGGUGCGCAUUUUCCGCCAGCUGCUGCCGCAUGUCAAGCUCGUCAACGACUACUCCACCUGGGAAGCUGGCGACAUCAGCUACGCCACCGUGGCGCCCCAGUCGCCCUUCGAGCCGAGCCAGGUCUUCGCCGCAGCUGGCCAAGCGGCCCCCGCCGCCUGCAUCGCCAUCCUCGACGCCGAGACAAAGCAGGGCAAUUUCUGGCCCCCGUCCGGGGCUCCGCGGACGUUGGCGGCAUCCAGGUCUCCAGCGGCUACUACAGCCACCCAGGCAUGACGGCCGAGAGAUUCGUGAGCGCUCCGAAUACCGAGAUAGAGCAGGCGUGCCCGAACACCAAGUGGUACAAGUCUGGCGACCUCGGGCGGCUCGUGGGCAGCCCGCCCACCCUGGAGAUACGCGGCCGCAUGGACAGUACGGUCAAGAUCCGCGGCUUCAAGGUGGGCAUGGCAGUGGUGGAGGGCACCAUCAUGGAGGUGGACGGCGUGGCCCAGUGCGCGGUGGUCCCGCUCUACGAGACGCCAGCGGCCGUGGACAGCCUCCUGUGCUUCCUGAAGGGGAACGAGGGUCACGACUUCCGCGAGCUCGUGCUGAAGGUGAAGCAGGAGGUCUCGCGGAAGCUGCCCUCCGUGUUUGUGCCUGCGUUCUUCAAGGAGAUGCCGACCGCCGUGAGCGGCGGCGAGUCCCGGAAGCUGGACCGCAAGAAGAUGGCGAAGAUGUACGACCUCGCCUCGCUGCUGGCGGCCCAGGCAGCCGAGCAGGCGGCGCAGGAGGGCGACCAGGAAAGCGACGUCCCCCUGGAGGAGGGCGUCCGGGGCAUCGUGAAGAGCGUGUGGGCCAAGACCCUGCACCUGAGCCUGCAGUCCCUGGACCUCCAGGAGAACUUCUUCGACCUCGGCGGGCACUCCAUGCUGGCUUCCAGGAUCGCAAACGAGCUGUCUGAGGGCUAUGGGAUCUCUGUCUCCGUCCUCGACAUCUACACCAACUCCACGCUGGGGGCACUGCUGGAUUUUCUCGACGGCCAGGGCAAGUCCAGCGGCGCCCCUGGCGGGCGCCAGCGGGGCCGUCGCGCCUUGCCCCAGGCCCCCGGGCAGGGCGCGCCGGAGAUCGCGAUCGUGGGCCUGGCGGGCCGCUUCCCGGGCGCCGUUGACGCGGACGCCUUCUGGCAGAACAUCGUCAAGGGGGCAGUGUCGAUGACCACGUUCUCGAAGGAGACCGCCCG